AUGCCUAUUUGGUAUAUCAACCAUAGUCCCAAUAUACUCUCAGCAGCUGAGAAACAGCAGCUUGCGAAAUCAAUCACGAAUAUCUACGCCUCCAAUGGUCUGCCCGCAUUCUACGUUCAAGUCCAUUUCAUAGAGGACGCUCCCGGCACAGCAUUUAUCGGCGGCGAAAUCCAUGCGAAAUUCGCAGGCAUAACAAUCUAUCACCUUGCACGUGCUUUCAAGAGUGACGAAACCAAACAGCGUUUCCUCUCGCGAGUCAAUGAGGUCCUCAACCCAGUGUUCGAACCCAAAGGCAUGGACUGGGAGUACUUCAUCACUGAGGCUUCGAGAGAUCUGUGGAGGAUGAAUGGCCUUGUACCCCCGGAAGCUGGUUCGGAGGGAGAGAAAGAAUGGGUACGAGUCAACAGAGCUGUGAAGUAUUAG